UGUUGUGGGCAGGUAGAAGAAGUUAUGGUUCUUCUGUGCUGUUGCUGCUGGCUGUGCCGUUGGGUGUACAGUGCUUCCGUAGGGCUCACAGAAGCGGUCUGACGGUUCCCGUGCUAUAAAACUCGGAUUGUUGGCGCUCUGCGGGUCGGUGCUCGCGGUGGAGGCUCCCGGGGAGGCGGCGGAACUUCCCUUCUGGCGGAACCAAAGCGCUGCAGUGCGUGUUUCCGGCCGCCACCGCCGCAGCCGGAAGUGGGGACGAGUUCCGGCGGUGCGCUCGGCUCGCCGAGAUGGAGGCGGUGACCGAGGGCGGUUGGUCCGCGCUGCCCGUGGCGCUGAGCCCGGCCGUGCUGCGGGCGCUGCAAGAGCUCGGCUUCGACCGCAUGACUCCGGUGCAGUCUGCGACCAUCCCGCUCUUCAUGAGUAACAAAGACGUCGCUGCGGAAGCGGUAACGGGCAGUGGCAAAACCUUGGCGUUUGUGAUUCCCAUACUGGAAAUUCUUCUCAGACGGGAAGAAAAGCUAAAGAAAAUGCAGGUUGGAGCUAUAAUCAUCACACCAACGAGAGAAUUAGCAAUUCAAAUUGAUGAGGUGCUGACACACUUCACAAAACAUUUCCCCAAGUUUAGUCAGAUUCUUUUAAUUGGUGGUAGGAAUCCCAUGGAAGAUGUUGAAAAGUUUAAAGAACAUGGGGGGAACAUCAUUGUAGCUACACCAGGUCGACUGGAGGAUCUGUUCAGAAGAAAAGCAGAUGGGCUGGAUCUAGCAAGCUGUGUGAAGUCUCUCGACGUGUUGGUACUGGAUGAAGCUGACAGGCUUCUCGAUAUGGGCUUUGAAUCAAGUUUAAAUGCCAUUCUGGCCUUUUUACCCAAGCAGAGGCGGACGGGUCUGUUCUCAGCCACUCAGACUCAGGAAGUGGAGAACCUGGUGAGAGCAGGGCUCCGGAAUCCUGUCCGCAUCUCGGUGAAAGAGAAGGGAGUGGCAGCAACCAACACACAGAAAACUCCGACGCGCCUGGAGAACUAUUACAUGAUAUGCAAAGCGGAUGAAAAAUUUAAUCAGUUGGUGCAUUUCCUUCGACAGCACAAGCAGGAAAAACAUCUGGUCUUUUUCAGCACGUGUGCCUGCGUGGAAUACUAUGGGAAGGCUUUGGAAUCCUUAAUUAAACAAGUGAAAAUAAUGUGCAUUCAUGGGAAAAUGAAACACAAGCGUAACAAGAUUUUUACUGAGUUUCGAAGGCUCCCUGGUGGGAUUUUAGUUUGCACUGACGUGAUGGCCCGUGGCAUAGACAUCCCAGAAGUACACUGGGUUUUACAGUAUGACCCACCCAGCAGUGCGAGUGCCUUUGUGCAUCGCUGUGGUCGAACAGCACGGAUUGGAAAUGUUGGCAGUGCACUUGUAUUUUUGCUUCCCAUGGAAGAAUCUUAUAUUAACUUUCUUUCAAUCAACCAAAAGUGUCCCAUGCAGGAAAUGAAACCACAGAGAAAUGUGUUAGAUCUUCUUCCAAAACUGAAGUCUAUGGCUCUCGCUGACAGGGCAGUGUUUGAGAAAGGGAUGAAAGCCUUUGUCUCUUACAUCCAGGCUUACGCCAAGCAUGAAUGCAAUCUGAUCUUCCGAAUGAAAGAUCUGGACUUUGCUAGUCUUGCUAAAGGUUUUGCCUUGUUAAAGAUGCCAAAGAUGCCUGAGCUAAGAGGAAAAUGUUUUCCAGACUUUACUCCAGUCACUGUUAAUACAGACUCCAUUCCAUUUAAGGAUAAAAAUAGAGAAAAACAGAGGCAAAAGCAACUUGAAAAACAAAGAAAGGAAAGACAGGAAAGUGGAGGAAAAAAGAAAUUCAUAAAAAACAAAUCCUGGUCAAAGCAGAAAGCCAAAAGGGAGAAGAAGAGGAAAAUAACAGCUAAAAGGAAGCGUGAAGAGGGCUCUGAUGUGGAAGAUGAGGACAUGGAAGAGCUGCUGAAUGACACGAGACUCUUGAAGAGAUUAAAAAAGGGGAAAAUAAGUGAAGAAGAAUUUGAGAAGAGGCUAACAGGUAGCCAGAGUAAAUUCAAAGAAGAAGCUGCUGCUGAGACUGAAGGUUGAUGUUUAUUCCAACUGGACUUUUACAUUAAGAUACUCCUUGUUCCAAUAAAACUGUAUUUUUAUAACAAAAUAAUGAUGCAGAGAACAGAA